AUGACUGAGAUUCGCGUGCUGUUCACUCGUACAGCGCAGAACAUCCUUCGCCACCGCUCUUUGCUGGUGCAGCAUGUUGUACUGAGCUUGGUGCUCGCUCUAUUCGGCGGGUUGAUCUUCAACAACGUAUCCGACAACCUCGCUGGCUUCCAGAACCGUAUGGGCGCUUUCUACUUCAUUCUGACGUUCUUCGGCUUCGCAAGCUUGAGUUCCAUGGAUUUAUUCAUCUCGGAACGUCCGAUCUUCCUCCGCGAGACUGGAGCCAUGUACUACGGCGCCUUCAGUUAUUUCUUAGCUAAAAUGACGCUCGACUCGCUGCUGCUUCGAGUGCUUCCUGCGUCCAUCUUUGCCUGUAUCUUCUACUGGAUCAUGGCCCUGCAAGCUUCAGCUGAGCGUUUCUUGCUCUUCUGGCUGACUUUGGUGCUGUUUAACGUAGCGGCGGGCUCCAUCUGUCUGCUCGUUGGUGUGCUCUCAAGACGUGUGGGCUCUGCCAAUCUCGCUGCUACAGUGGUGCUGCUGAUCAUGCUACUGUUCGGAGGCUUCCUGCUUAACUCCGAGACGAUGCCAGACGCCGUUGGUUGGCUCAAACACUUGUCGAUUUUCGGCUACGCGUUCGAGAUCCUCAUGACCAAUGAACUGGAAGGAAUCAUCUUGUCGUUUGACGCUCCGGGGUACCCUGCGGUUCCGGUGUACGGAGAAGUGUACAUCAAGACGUUGGGUAUGGACUACACGCAGCGUUUCUAUGACGUGGCGGCCCUUGCGCUGAUUGCGAUUGUGCUGCAGCUUGCUGCGUACUUGUUCCUGUCCCUACAAGAGGAGGGAUACGAGGCGUGCAGCUCGGGUCGCAUUCAUCAGUGA